GGGGCGUCAGUGAAGGAGGGAAGGAAGGAAGGAGUGGGCGGCAGCAGGAGCAGCAGUAGCGGUAGCAGCAGUAGCCGCCGCAAUAAUGACGGAGCUGAGGCAGCGGGCCGCCCCCGCCCCCGCCCCCCCUGGCCCGGGGGACAAGGAGCCGGAGCCGCGGGUGGAUGGAGAGACGGCGUCGGAUGGCGAGGGUCAGGCGGGGCAACCGUCCGCCCCGGCCCCGGGGGACGACACGCCCGAGGUCCUCAACAGGGCCCUCUCCAACCUGUCCUCCAGGUGGAAGAACUGGUGGGUUCGGGGCAUCCUGACGCUGGCCAUGAUCGGCUUCUUCUUCGUCAUCAUCUACCUGGGACCCCUGGUGCUCAUGGUCAUCGUGAUGUGUGUCCAGAUUAAAUGUUUCCAUGAGAUCAUCACCAUCGGCUACAACGUCUAUCACUCGUACGAGCUGCCCUGGUUCAGGACCCUAAGCUGGUACUUCCUGCUGUGCGUGAAUUACUUCUUCUACGGCGAGACGGUGACGGAUUAUUUCUUCACGCUGGUGCAGAGGGAGGAACCCCUGAGGAUCCUGAGCCGAUACCAUCGCUUCAUCUCCUUCGCCCUCUACCUCACGGGGUUCUGCAUGUUCGUCCUGAGCCUGGUGAAGAAACACUACCGACUCCAGUUCUACAUGUUCGGCUGGACCCAUGUGACUCUGCUGAUUGUGGUCACGCAGUCCCACCUCAUCAUCCACAACCUGUUUGAGGGGAUGAUCUGGUUCAUCGUUCCCAUUUCCUGCGUCAUCUGUAACGACAUCAUGGCCUACAUGUUUGGCUUCUUCUUUGGCCGCACCCCGCUCAUCAAGCUCUCCCCGAAGAAGACAUGGGAAGGCUUCAUUGGAGGAUUCUUUGCCACUGUGGUGUUCGGCCUGCUGCUGUCGUACGUGAUGUCCGGCUACCGAUGCUUCAUCUGCCCGGUGGAGUACAGCAGCGACAGCAACGGCUUCACGGUGGACUGCGAGCCUUCCCAGCUCUUCCGCCUGCACGACUACAGCCUCCCGGCCGGCCUGCGCACCCUCGUCGGAUGGGAAACGGUGCGGAUGUACCCCUUCCAGAUCCACAGCAUCGCCCUGUCCACCUUCGCCUCCCUCAUCGGACCCUUCGGAGGCUUCUUUGCCAGCGGGUUCAAACGAGCCUUCAAGAUCAAAGACUUUGCCAACACCAUUCCCGGCCACGGGGGCAUCAUGGAUCGCUUCGACUGCCAGUACCUCAUGGCCACCUUCGUCAACGUGUACAUUGCCAGCUUCAUCAGGGGCCCCAACGCCAGCAAGCUCAUCCAGCAGGUGCUCACCCUGCGGCCCGAGCAGCAGCUGCACAUCUUCGCCACCCUCAAGGCUCACCUGCUGGACCAGGGCCUGCUGGGCGCCCAGCCCCAGGACCAGGACCGCCACUGAGCCCGCCGGCCGGCCGGUCGUCACCCCCCCGCCGGCCCGGGCCCGCCCCCGCC